UAAACACGCAAUUCAACUGCAAAAUAUUUUUAUCCAGUGAAAAAUAAGGUGUUUAUUUCAAAUCUAAGAUCAUAAAAUCUAACUAUAGAAUCGUUUAUCUUUUUUAAGUACAUCUAAUAAAUAUUUUAAUACUUAGUAGGUAGCCAACUUUUUUUAUAUAAUACUGGAUAAUCAACCCAAUGGUUUAAAAUGUAAAGUGUGAAUUAUAUAAAAAAUAAUUAAAAGAACAUUACAAGUAAAAAUUAAAAAGUUUUUCGAGGAUAGAGCAAUUAAAAUGAAAAGUGUUUUAUGAAGUAAUUUAGAAUAAAAUCUUUUGAUCUAUUAUUUUUUUAAUCUUUCAGUCUUUUAAUAAUAAAGAAAUAAUUGGUAAUCCCUACGAUUUGAUAUUUAUUGUGACAAUUUUUUUUCUUAAAUAAUAUAAUUAUUUGAAAACAAUAAAUCUUCAAAAUGCGUUUUGUUUUCGCUAAAAUAAUAUUCUUAAAAGUGAAAUAUAUAAUUUUUACAAUUUUAAUAGUGUCCGUGUUUGUGUUCUACGUAACCUUUAAAGAGUCUUUUAUGCUGAAUCGUGUAACAACAAGAACGAUUGAUAUAUCCUCUGUAACUUUACCAAAUGUUGUUGUUCAUUUGGAUUUCAAAGGAUCCCCACUGAAGUUGGAGUAUUUGGAAUCGCUAUUUCCUUUAAUGAAAUCCCAUGGUGUUAAUGGACUGCUAUUAGAAUAUGAAGAUAUGUUCCCGUAUGAAGGAAAUUUGACCAACAUAAGCGCAAAGAACUGUUACAAAAAACACGAGGUUAAAAAAUUUAUCACCAAUGCAUAUAAUUUUGGCUUUGAAAUAAUACCUCUAAUUCAGACAUUUGGCCAUUUGGAAUACGUAUUAAAAUUGGCCCAAUUCAAGCACUUACGAGAGGUUCAAACGCAUCCAGACUCUAUCUGCCCAAAUAAAGCAGAAAGUUUUACUUUGAUUGAACAUAUGAUACGACAAGUAAUAGAAUUUCAUACCAGCGUCGUACCUUUGAAGUACAUUCAUAUUGGCUGUGAUGAAGUUUAUCAUAUAAAUGAAUGUCAACAAUGUUUGAAACGUCAUUUAUCAAAGAUAGACCUUUUCGUUCAUCACGUCAAAACGAUAUCAAAUAUUGUCAGUAGUUUCUCAAAAGAAACGACCGUUCUUAUAUGGGACGAUAUGCUUCGUCAGAUAACACUAAAAGAAUGGUAUAGCAUUGACUUUCAGUCACUCAACGACAUAGAAAUCGUAUAUUGGGAUUAUGAGCCUCAAGUCAAAGUAUCACACAUAAAUCUUAUGAAAUAUCACAAAAAGUUCUCAAAUAUAUGGAUUGCAUCAGCAUUUAAAGGAGCUGAUGGAAGAACGGCCAUUAUUCCUAAUGAAAAAAAGAGAUUUUCCAACCAUUUCAGUUGGUUUAAUUUGAUUUUGGAUUAUAAAUUUGGCGGUGAGAGUAAUGUUUACAAUUUUAAAGGGAUCAUACUAACUGGAUGGUCAAGAUACAGUCAUAUGGAUCCUCCUUGUGAACUUCUACCACCAUCUAUACCCAGUCUAAUAAUAAAUUUAAUAUUUAUUAAAAAAAUUCAAGAAGGAAUCAGUUAUGAUAGCGCCAAUCAUAAUAUGGAUGUCAUUUACAAGAAUUACUUAAGUACAGAUAUCAAACAAAGUUUGUUAUGUAAUCGAGUACCUUUAUUUGGACAAAAUAAUAUAGAAUGGUCAUCUUGUCUUUUUAAUGGUGUAGAACUGUACAGUUCACUAAAAAAAUAUAUUUCUGUAAGCACUGCUAUAAGUAAUGAAUUGAAUAACAAUUUCUUUUUCAUAAAAUAUUAUUCAAAAUUAAAAACUAUAAACAUGAAUACUGUAUCUGAUAAUAUUGUUUGGUGUAAUGAUUCAUUUUACCAGUUACUCGUUGUUGAAAAUAAAGUUAGUAAUAUUUUGGAAGAAUACUAUAAAAAAGAAUUUAUUGUGGAAUACGUAACUUAUUUAACAUUCGAUUUGAAAAAGAAACUGCACAAUUUGAUGAUGAUUUUGAAUGAUUAUAAGAAGCCCCGUAUUUGGGAAAGAGGACCCAUCGCUUACAAUAAUAAUAAUAUAUAG